UUAUAUGUACUUUAAUUUAAUAUUUUCAAAGUUUGCAACCAGUUCAUUCUGUUUCGUUGUGUUAGCAAGAUGGUGCGAAGCGUUGUGUGCCUGUUUCUGUUACUGUCAUCCUGUAUAUACGCAGCUCCAGUGCCAGAAAGCGCAAAAGUAUCGCUGAUCAGAAACAGUACCUUCGGCUUGGCGUUAGCAGCGGGUCAAAGUAAAACUGCUGGGAUUUUUGAAGGAAACAAGGAUUUCAACAUAGUAAGAGAAGUGGCAGGGAGACGUCCAGACUUCACUCUUCUUGAGAACGUGAACUCAGGCGCAGCUUUCGCUUUCGAUCAUAGUAUCAGCAUAGGUGUUAUUAAAAACAAUCUGUUUGGUGGUAAAAACCCAUUUUCGGGAUAAACAUACGACUUGAUAGAAAUAAUUAAAUUACAAAAUAUGAAUGGACACAAACGUAAUUAAAAUUACAAGGAUGAUACAGAGUAAAUUCCUUUUCUGAUACCCUUUCCGUCGCUAAACUUUAUAUUGUAACUUAUGUUAUGUAGUGAAAAGGUCCAUUCUUCAUUAACUGAUUUCAGCUACUACUAACAUUUUGACUCUGAAAUGGCGUAAUAAACCAGACUACAACCGUUUGUCUUAUUUUUUACGGUUCGAUAUAGUCAAUACAUAGUCUGUCAUAAAUGUGUCAUACUAGCUUGAAGCACUACAUGUAAUUGUACGGUCUGACAUUAUGCUUGUCUGUAUUUUCUGAACCUCCUUUUUAAAUUAACUAAAAAUCGCGGGUUACUCACGUGAAUAUACUGAAAAAAGCUCUACUAAUUUCGAAUCACAGAGGGGUUCUUCCUCAUGAGCAGCGUGCGUAGUCGCGGCGAUGUCGCGCAGCCUACAUCCUCCUUUCCUGGUUCUUCAGGUUCAAAAAAUUAUUAAAGAAAUUAUUUUUUGUCUAUGUCUUCUUACGUAGAGUAAUCAAUUAAGCCGCUGUUGACGUUCCAAGAAACUCAUAAUUCUAAGUGCUGACGCAUGUUACAUAUAGAAUCACGUAUAGUUUCAAAGACAAGCGCAUUACUUGAGAAAAGACAGAUAAUUGCAUAUAAGCCAAUCAUCCAAUUCUAUUCAUGUCACAUUGAAUCGUAAACAAUCGGUUCACUCGACUGUUAAAAUUUCUUGUACUUAGAGCAAAACGCUCAUAAUGUUUUACUUUGAAGAUUAAAAUUGAGUUCUGUGAUCUGGAAUGUGUGACAUUGACUGAUUUUAUUUAUUAAUAAAA